AACUGUUAUUCAGUGCAAAAGUGAUUUGAUCUCAAAGUAUGUUGUAUUCUCGAGUUAUUGCUUUAAAUUUUUUGUUAUUUUGUGCCUAUGACGUAUUUUCGCACGACGAUGUAAAUAAUGUGGAAGAUAAAAGUGCUAUCUGGCAUUCAAAUGCUAGUCAAUUGAUAUUUGCGCAUGUUCUCUAUCGACAUGGUCAGCGAAAUGGCAAAAUUUUUCCACAUGUUUUUCCAAAAGAUCCGUAUAUUGAUGAGUCUCAUUGGACUGGUGGAUUUUCAGCACUCACAAAUGAAGGUAAAAGACAACAAUUCAAAUUGGGACAAUACUUCCGAAGAAGAUAUCACAAACUUCUUGGUGAUAAAUAUUCACCGAAAAGAGUGUACGUGCAUUCAACCGACAAAGACCGUAUUUUGAUGUCGGCACUUGCCAAUUUAGCUGGCCUAUUUCCACCACACGCCGAAGAGAAAUGGCAUGAUGAUAUUGCAUGGCAACCGAUUCCCGUUCAUACAAUACCUUUGAAUUUGGACUACGCAAUGCGUGGACCAGGCGAUUGUCCAAGAUAUUCUGCUGCUCUCGAGAAAUACAAAAAUGAAUCAGCCGAAUUGCAGCGAAUUUUUAACGAAAAUAAACAAGAUAUAUUAUUCUGGUCGAAUAUGUGCGGGUCGAAUUUGACGACCAUUGAUGAUCUAUGGCACAUAUAUGAGGUACUUUUUUUUCAAAGUCUACAUAAUAAAACACUUUCUGAUUGGGCACGAAAAGCAAUGGAACCAAAUGGUGUUUUGGAGUCCAGUGCUUAUUUUUGGUUUAAAAUGAGAUCAAAUACUAAAGAAUUGGCUCGACUGUGGUCUGGAUUUUUGAUUAAAGAAAUGUUCGAACGUUUCGCUCAAAAGAUAAACUCAACGUUGGAACCAAAUCGUUCGGUUUGGUUUUACUCGACACAAGAUAUCACUAUCGCCAGUCUACUGAAUAGCUUUGGACUUUUCAAACCACAUUUUCCACCGUUUGCAUCGAGUUUGCAUUUGGAAUUAUACGAAGUGGCCGAAAAGGAGCAUUACAUUCAAAUCUUCUACAGAAAAUCGGAUGAAGAAAUUCUUUUGCCGUUGAAUAUACCGAAUUGCGGGGAAAAGUGUUCGCUGGAUCAGUUGUAUAAAUUGUACAAUGAUAUUAUACCUGAUCGUGAUCAUGACACUGAAUGCAGUCUUUAUGACUAGAUACGGCUGAAAAUGUUCAAUUAGUUUUGAAUUGGAUCUCUAAUAAUGAAUAACAUAUGAAUGCAAUUUAUAGGUCAACUUUUUUGAAAAUGUACAAUCUAUCAGCUAGAAUAAUCAAAAGAAUUUUUAAUUAAAUUAAUAAAAAUUCUGCGACCCAAAUUUCACGUCUGAACGCAGCGUCUCUCAUGGUAGAA